CUUUAUUUACCUCGUUGUCAUUGUCUUUUCUUCCACUCCUUUCCCGGUUCAGCGUUGCUUCUAGCGAAAUCCCUCCUCCUAUCAGCUCUCUCACUUCAUUCCUUUGUCUCUCUCCUUUGUCUCGGAUAGAAUUGCUCGCAUCAACACCCGGCAAUACCAUUGAUCGCCUCCCGGGCAAGGCUGACUGCUCAUAUCACCAUGGAAUACGACUUCCCCGUUCAGCAGACCCUGCCUUUUGGCAUGUACCAGAACCGGCUGGCAGGGUUCCUGACGGCGGAUGUGAUGGCUGCUGCGGGCUCGGCGGCCUUGGUCACUCCUGCUGUCAUGAUUCUGGACAGGCUGGUGGUGGAAAAGUCGUCACACAACCAACCCCUCUUCCCUGCGUUCCGUCGACACCUCUGGGUCUCCAUCACGCAACCCGCCGCCUUUCUCACCUCCCGACCCAGUCUCCUGGUCUGGUCCCUCUACACCGCCACCUUUGCAGCCGCCAAUGCCACCGAAACCGUGCUUGAGCAGGUCUAUCCCCACGUCGACCAGGCCAUGGCCGGGACGGCCAAGUUCCUGAGCACGUUCGUGGUCAACUCAUCCGUGGGCAUCUGGAAGGAUGUCAAGUUCGCCCAGCUCUUCGGCCACAAGACCACCCCCGCACCUCCUCCCCAGACCACCACGACCUCCCCCGCCCCCUCGCAAAGCAAGAUCCUCCGCGUCAGCCGCUCCAUCCCCUUUGCAACCUACUCGGCCUUCCUGAUCCGCGACGCCCUCACCAUCUUCGGCUCCUUCAGUCUCCCCGCCAUGGUCUCAGCCUCCAUCCCGGACUCCGUCGCCUCCAACGAGUACCUCAAGGUCCUCAUGGCGCAGCUGGCCAUCCCGGCCUCCAUCCAACUGAUCAGCACCCCGAUUCACCUCCUCGGCCUAGACCUCUACAACCGGCCCAUGAAACUCGCGGCCUCGGACCGAUUCGGCCGAGUCAGCCGGGACUGGAUCGGGGCAUCCCUGACACGCAUGUGUCGGAUUAUUCCCGCCUUCGGCAUCGGUGGCUUCGCCAAUUCCGAAAGCCGGGCCUUUUUCCACGAGCAAUUGCGACGAUGUGAGGAGUGAUUCACCCCAACCAAUCAUCCCCCCUCGGUAUGAAUUUCUUGGUGAAUCACUUUUCCCAGUCCCGCACGGCCAGCGUCGGGUGGUUGCGCAGGUCGAGUGUCCGGUUUCCCGAUCGGGUAACCCAUCCGACCGCCAAUGAUAUCCAUCCCGGGUGGCGGCGUGAUCUCGCCAACCCUAGCCCUAUCCCGCCACCACGCACCAAUCACCGCCUAGCUGCAACCGGCCCGGUGCGCACCCGGACUCAUCCCUCUGGCCAUGAUGCUGCUGGCAGCGUCAGCCGGGUAGACUGCCCACCGCUAUCAGGCCAACUGCAGGAUCAUCUCAUUGAUCUAGCCUAGCAGCAAAUAGCCUACUUCGCAUCUAUCUAGCACCGACCUAGGCUCGCCCAAA